AUGACGCUGGAAUCCCAAGUGAACACAUUUGCAAGUCUUAAGUGUUACACCGAAGUUGUCAGGCUGAAGGUCAAAGAAGCCGUCCACCACAUUAUAAUCCAAAGGCCGGCCUUUCAAGAAAAUUUUGUUGCAUUUGACCCAGUGUUGAAAAACUCGGUGGAAUUCGACAGCAAGAUCGGGCUUUUGGAUUUAGAAGGUAUCCUCGAUGAGGAAGCUUACUGCAUCCAGUCCUUCCUCCAGCGUGCCGCUCGAAGGGAACUGGACUUGGUUGAAAAUUCUGAUACUGGUGGCUUUUUAUGCUUGAUGUAUAGAAAUGGCGCCGGCAGAUCUGGUGGUUCAGUCUGGAGCUAUCGCAGUGAUUUAAGUCAACAGGUAAAACCCAAGUGA